CAUGCGUCCUCUAUUGGGACAGAUAUGUACAUGUAUGUAAAGAUAAGAACACGAUCUCUAACUCAUAUACCGUCAAACAAUACACUCAGAAAUUAUGAUAUUUAUAGUUAUUCUAGUUGCCUUGGUAACAUUUCCGGUACAAGCAAACGGUCUGCAGUGUCGUGUGUGUAAGAAUGUAGCAGCUCUAGAAGACUGUACAGAGACGGAAACUUGCGAACCUAACUCGGUGUGUUAUACAGACGAAAAGAUUAUUGCAAGCCGAGUACUUUUUGAGGCUGGAUGUCGGCCACGAUCAGUAUGUCAAGCGGCUGGACGUAGAAAACGUGACGAUGGUGCUCUCAUAGCCUGCUCACGUUGUUGUGACACUAGUGAACAAGUUUCACCGCUUGGAAUUAAACAUUGUAACGAGCGUUUGUGUGGACUGGGAAGAAUUGCAGGUGUACACGAGUGUUACCAUUGUGAGAGAACUCGAGAUCUCAACGACUGUAACAAAAUAGAAACAUGUCAACAAGACGAGGUUUGUAGCGUUGAAGAGGAAGACGAUGUAAACAACAUAACAACUUAUAGCAUGAAAUGUUCUAAAACUCACCCUUGCAUAGAAGUGACAACAUUCCGUAUACAGAAUGAGAAUUUAUUUGCUAACGGGGUGAUUGUUGGUAAACGGAAUGGUUUGACAACUUGUUCUGCGUGUUGUGGGGGUCCACUAUGUAACACAGGAGGCUGUUUCCAGUUAGUUAAAAAGCUAAGAAAGUUAUGGAAAGUAGGAAGCCUGGAUAGUUCAACUUUAACUUAUGUGCCACCAAAUACGGCAACAACGACAUCCUCAGUGCUGGUACCAACUAAACCAUGAAAUAUGUGCAGUUUUUAAAUAUACUACAAAAUUUGUAAAAAAAAAAUAAAUUAGUUAAAUAUA